AUGUCGGAUGUGUCGAACUCCUUCUCAGCUUGGGAGGCCCUGCCGGAGGAUGAACCUUCGCUGUGCAUCGCAGUUCGACGCCCAGAGUCAUCUCAAUGUCACUACGAGGCGCGCUUCAAAGCCGGAAACAAGAAACUCGAAGAUGAGCCUCGCUCUGGUCGACCGACUGCAAUAUCGUUCGACGAACUGAAGAAUCUGGCGCAUGCAUUGAGCGACGGCAACCGCCAAAGACGUCUGGACAUCUGCACUCAGCUGCUCUCCAGAAACCGCAGAUUCGAGUGGCUGGACACUAUUGUCACUGGAGAUGAAAAAUGGGUCCUCUACGUCAACCACAUCCACAAAUGUGCAUGGUGCACCCGCGAUGAAAUGACGGAUCCUUUCGUGAAAGGUGAAACCCAUGAGAAGAAGGUCAUGCUGAGCGUCUGGUGGGGAGUUCAUGGAAUCUACCGUUUCGAACUGCUGCCGGACAACACGACAGUUACUGCUGAAGUCUACUGCGCUCAACUGCAAAGACUGGCCGACAAGAUCCGCAAGGAGCACCCGAAACUCGAAAACGUUCUCCUGCUGCACGAUAACGCGCGCCCUCACAUCGCGAAGAAGACUUCCCAGAAAAUUCUGGAGCUCGGAUGGGAAGUUCUACCGCACCCACCGUACAGCCCGGACCUGGGCCCGACCGACCACCAUCUCUUCCGAUCGCUUCAGCAUCACUUGGAAAAGAAGCGCUACGAUGAUCGUGACCACCUCGAAAAUGACCUUCGGGCUUUCUUCGCCUUCCGAAGUCGCCGGAGUUCUACGCCAAAGGAAUCCGUGAUCUUGUGA